GCAUCCUUGAAUACUUGGUCUCAUAUGCUACCUGAAUAUAAGUCUCUCAACCUUAUCCUUUCUACCGAUAGAGCGCAUUUUGCACCUCACAAGUACACACCCAGUCCCCAUUCAAUCGAAGUACUAGCCGAGUCCCAACAUACAAUCAGAACAUAUCUGGAUCUGAUAAUCAAUUACUGAUUAUCUCCCCGACGCGCUUUCUUGUCUUUCCGAGUCUACAUAUCC